CAAAACGCCCGCGAGCGUUUUCGGAAGAAACCAAAAAUUGAUAAUCACUUGCUAUUUGGCGGCGGUGGGUCGUUGCUGGCCGCGAUGGCACCAUUACGUGCAGGAAGAACCGCCAUCGGCGAGGGCCCUAUCCAGCAUCCCUCCUUAAACCCAUCGACCACCACGUCUCUCGGCGGUGCUGUUUACGAUCCAUUUUCCUGGGGCGUAAGUGGUGACUCCGACCACGGGUUCGAGUCGUCCCAGUCGGGAGAUGGGUCCGGUUCGGAGGGUGCCGGAAUGGUGCGCUGCUGCAUGCCGCUCGGUGAGUGCGUUAAACCGAAGGGCGGAAGUAAUCUGUUCUCGGAGCUGGGUGCGAUGAUCAAUCUGGAAGAUCUGCGGGAAUGCGUGCGGGUGCAGUGCAGCAACGAGUCCUGCACUGCCGGUCAGUACAUGCACCGGGAGUGUUUCGAUCGGUGGGAAGAUGAGGUGCUGGGCUAUCUGAAGUCGACGGGCCGUGCCCGGUCCUGGUCGGAUAAACAGCGGCAGCAGUAUCUCUGGACGAAGAAGGGUUACGAUCUGGUGCACAAGAUGUGUGGCUGCAAGUGUGGACGUGGUAAUCUGAAGAAGGACCUUGACUGGAAUGCUCCUACCACGGCUACAAUGUUUGGACGUGCCCUUGUUGGAAGCGGUGGUGGCGGCGGCGGUGGUGGUGUUAUUGGAGAUGGUCCCAUCGAAACUGGUGGCAUGCUCGGACCGAUCGGUGGUCGUGAGGAUGAGAACGCCAAAAAGCAGAAGAAAAAGAAAAACCGGCACAAUCAGAAGCUGGCUAUUUCGACCAGUGCCAGCAGCAGUGCUAACAGUAGCGCUACCAGUAGCCCCAACAGCCAGCAGUUGCAGCAGCAACAGCAGACACAUCUGCUGCUGCAGCAGCAUCAUCAACUGCAGCAGCAACAUCAAACUGCUGAAGAGUUGCUGUCUAUACUGAGCAAGAUCAGGGUUUCGACGCCGAAUGCUGCUGCUGCUACGCCAAUGCGGCGUAAUGCCAACCAACCACCCGGUCUUGGUGGGCUUAUUAUCAAUGGGAUUCAUUCCCAUCUUCAACAGCAGCAGCAACAGCAUCUUCACCAUGGUACGACCAUUCCGGCUGGUAUGGUGGUGUCCUCUGCUUCGGCUCGUAUGCGUGCCAACAGCCUGUCAUCGAUCAGCAAUGGGUCCUGCACACCGCCAGCUUCGUCGAUCGGUGGUUCCGAGCAGUCCAUCUCACCGAUUCACAACCAGGCUCCGAGCCCGGCUAGCAUUGCCAAGCUGCCACUGACGCCGAAAUCGAAAGUCGAACUGUAUUCCGAGCGUGUUCGUGCUACAUCUGGUGCAAACGGGAUCUUCUCACGGCGCUUAGACUUCUCGUCGUUCAACGUGCUGCCACGUCAGCGAAUAAACUCCUACUCGAUAAAGAUUGAAGACGAAGGCAAUCACGGAAACGACGAAACGCGUCUCUUCAUUCUAUCUUCGCUGGCCGCCCAGCACAAGAGUCGCGUGGCGUGUGUGCUUUGCGAGGAACCGAUGCUAGUCUUUGACCGGUACCCGUUGGUCGAUGGAACGUUCUUUCUCAGCCCGAAACAACACAACAAAGGGUGCAUUGAGGUGAAGUACGAGAAUCGUGUCCAAUAUCUGACAUCCGUCUGCAUGGCGUGCUUGGAAGGCGUCGAGCCAAACCGUGUCGUACGGUGCAGAUUUUGUGUGAACAAGUGGGACGGUUCGUCGCUUGUUCUUGGCACCAUGUACUCUUAUGACAUUUUCGCUGCUAUGCCAUGCUGCACUGAACGAUUAAAGUGCAACAACUGCUUCAAACUGAUGCUGUCUCCAAAUCAACGGUUGAACUUUUACAGCGAUUACAGUCACAGCGUGUCCUGCCCGUACUGUUCGGCGCAGGACAAUCAUUUCGUAAAGCCGCUGACCUACUGCUACACCAAGCAGCCCAUGCAGUUUUUCCAGCAUUGGCCAUAACAUGAGGCCACGUUGGAAUCUCCCAAGUCGAGUGUGAACAGUGGCUCGCUGACGGAAGCUACCGGACGUCAGGAGCAACAGUCACCGUUCAACGGUUCGUCCGCUUCGUGCACUGCAUCGACAGGCACGGUUGCUGAUAAAGCUGCCGCUGAUUCCGCGGCAAUGAAUUCGUUCAUUCAGGAACUGCGUCAUCUCAGCAACAGCAGCACUAUUAGCAACAUCAGCAGCACAAGCAACGAUUCGGGCUUCUCGACUUCCUACUGUGGCGAUUCCAACGUUGGUGGCGGCCGGGC